AUGUCUGAGACUUUGGUGACUGUUGCUGAUUUCGAAAAGUUGGCAGCUGCUAAGCUGUCAAAAUCAGUUCGCGAAUACUUUAAUUCUGGUGCAAAUUAUAAUCAAACAUACGAGGACAAUUGCAAUGCAUUUAAAAGAUAUCGUCUAAGACCUCGAUAUAUGAGGGAUGUUUCCAAUUUUGACUUUAGUACUACGAUACAAGGACAUCGAGUAGCUUCUCCAUUAGGAAUAUCAUCUAUGGCACAAUGCAAGUUAGCUCACCCUGAUGGAGAAAUUGGCCUAGCUAAAGCUGCAGAUUCAGUCAACUGUUGUUUUUCAUUAGCCAGCAUGGCGACCACAAGUAUGGAUGAAAUACGAACUGCAGUCCCAGAUGGAUUACAUUUCUUUCAGAUCUUUAUUCUGAAGGACCGAGGUUUAUUGUUAGAGUUGAUAUCAGAGGCAGAAAGAAAGGGAUUUAAAGGUUUAGUUAUUACAAUAGACUGUGUGGUUCUUGGCUAUAGGCCUUCUGAAAUCAAAAACAAGGAUGCUCUGCAGCCCCAUUUAGAGUUAGUAUACAUUAGCAUUAAAAUGGAGGCUUCGAGUCGAUUGGAAUCCUUUAAAAAUUUUGUAAGCGAUACAUUCGACAGUUCACAAACAUGGAAGGAUAUCGCUUGGCUGAAAACUGUAACAAAAUUACCAAUAAUCACGAAAGGUGUAUUAAACAAGGAGGAUGCCAUUGAAGCAUUGCAAUCUGGCGUUGACGGUAUUUGGGUAUCUAAUCAUGGCGGAAGAAACUUGGACACAGUUCCAGCCACGGUUAGCCAUUCGUUUCAGAUUGAUGUUGUUUCGGAGAUAAUAAAAGUUGUUAAUGGUAGAUGUGAAGUUUAUCUAGAUGGGGGAAUCAGAAGUGGCUUGGAUGUAAUGAAAGCCUUAGCUAUGGGUGUUACUGCAGUAUUUGUUGGAAGGCCCAUAUUAUGGGGAUUAGUAUGUGAUGGAAAAACUGGUGCAGAAAAAGUACUGAGAAUUUUAAACCAGGAACUGAAAAUAGGCAUGAUGCUCUCAGGUAAAAAAUAG